ACCUGCCCGACACAUGGCGGACUGGGCAGUUUGGGUCGAGCUCGCGGACCCGCCGGCCACGCCCGAGAACCGGGCGACGUGCCCCAUCUGCAUGGACACGCUCGACAAGCCCAUCAACGCGCGCGUGGCGUAGCGCCGCAAGGAGGUUCGGGUCGCCGACGAGGCCUGCUGGCGGCUCCGCUGCAGCGCCAAAUUACUGGACAUCGGCUGCCUCUCGGGCUGGAUCAAGAGCUCGUCAAGGACCGCGCGGCCCCCGUCACGUGCUGCAACAUGCAGUGCGGGCGAGCGAUCCGUCCGAGCCACGUCGCGGCCGUCAUCUCGCCCGAGCUCUUUGAGCAGUUUAGCCAGCUCGUGACGUUCAAGGCCACGGACGGCAAUGGCCUCUACUGCCCCAAGGAGUGCAGUGAAAUGUUCCUCAAGCCUGCGAUCCGAGCGGGGCAAGAGCAGACGUCGUGCCCGAUCUGCAAGACCAAGAUUUGCAUCCGCUGUCAAGUGGGCUGGCACGACGGUCUCGCGUGCGACGCGUACAAGCGCAUGGUGGACGCCGGCGGCGACCACGAGCAAGCCCAGCUCAUGGCGCUCAAGAUGCGCUGGGAGCAGUGUCCUAAGUGCCGCACGCUUGUCGAGCGCUCCAUGGGCUGCAACUUUAUACGCUGCAAGUGCGGUGAGCCCUCUUGCUCCGGGGUCUUCUACGAAACACGGUUCCGACCCCGAACAACCCCCACGGAAAGGUCCAUCGUCCCCACCCUUAUUGGUCCACAUCCGAUCAAUCAAUCAUUCAAUCAAUCACUCAAUCCAUCAAUCAAUUAAACGU